AUGAGAAUCGAGAUUUCAGCACCUGAUGACAACCCAGCAAGACCGUCUUAUGGCUUACAAACCAGACCGCUUAGCUCUCGCAAUUCAAACAUUUCUAUCCGAUCGGGCAAAGCACUAGCAGGUUUCAAAGCAACAUUAGAAGAGAGCGAGAAGCGAGCCCAAAAGUCAAACACGAAUUUGGGAAACCUGGUGUUCACGAAUGAGCCAGGACAGAGAUCGAAAUCUACCUUCCUUCAAAGUGGCGCACAACUUUCAGUAUCACCAGGAAGAAAAAGCGCUUUCGGAGGAAAGAGAGUUAGUCCAAAAAACGGGUUCCCGGUUGUCCUCGAAGUCAAAGAGUCACAAGCGCAGAAGCUUAAGAAGAUUCGAUUUCGAAUGCUUUACUGCUCCGGACUACAGUACACGGCAAUUUUUGCUACGUCUAUUUUGAUGAUUCUUCAAGGAGUCAACAUGUAUAUCUCUGAUGACAACAAAAGCGUCAAUGGUGUCGGAUCUAUUGCUAGCGGAAUUAUUCUCAUUAUGAUUCCCUUUUACUGUGGUUAUCUUCUCCUUUCUGCAGACACACAAAACAACCGAGCCCUUCGAAAACAAAAGAAGAAAGAGAACAAAAGUAUCUUCAUCCAGGACAAGCAAUCCGACGAAUCUCUCUGGAGCAAUUUUUCAAUCUAG